AUGACCCUCUUGUCACUCCCACCAGAGAUACUGAGUAUCAUCUGCGAGUACACCAUAUUUGACCAAUUCGGGCCUGAACGACGCUUACAUCCCUGCACCAACUGCCGAUAUCUCAACAGAGGCGCGCGACGACGGGAGCACGCCUGUCCUCCCCUCCUCCUCUGCUGCCGACACCUCCACAACAUCUCCAGCCAAGUGUUUUACCAGCACGUCACCGUCGUGGUCGGCCUAGACUACCACUCCCAGCCGUACUACUUCCGAUGCUACCCAACGCCGGACCACGACAAGGAUGUCUUCUCCGUUCUGUUGGCCCGGACCUCCAUCCUCCCACACAUCCGGAACCUCGAGCUGCUGAUCGCGCGGAGCAUUUCGUACAACCCCGGCACGCAAUCCACGUGUCGAGACAUCGCCUUCCGCUCCAACUGGGAGGACUUGCCCACGGUCAUCUCCUCGUUCACCGCCCACCUCCCCAGCCUGCACACGCUGUCGUACACGGUCGGGGUGGGUGCCCUGCCCAACGAGGCGCUGUGCAUAUGGCCUCACGCGACCAAGACGGAACAGAUCCACCGCUUCAUCCCCGACGAGACCGUCUUCGAGGACACGUCGACCUGGCCGGUCCCGCUGUCUUGCUACUUUUCGCUGAGCACGCUGCUGCAGGCAUCCCACGCCGUGGGGCUGGGUGGACGUGAAGUCAACGUCACGCGUCUGCGUCUGUGGCUGACGCGCCUCCGAAUCCCAGGCCUAAAACAAUUUGUCCGUGGGCUGAGCAGUGGCGAUGCUCCGGGGCAGGGCGGGAGUCAUCCCUCUCCUGACCUACAAUCGUCCGACGAUCAGGCCCACGCGUGGAGGGCGCUUCUACGCCAUCACACCUUCUCCAAGGUGAUAUUGCAGCUGCCCCGGCUGAGGGUCCUGGACGUCUAUGUCCCCGAGCGGCCGUCCACGGGUGCGGAUAUGGACGGCCCGUGGGAAGAUGCGUCCAUCGACAGCGCCAUGGCUAGGACGCUGACGCGCGCGUUGGAGACGGCCUUUCCGCACGUCAGGACGAUACGUCUCUGGCGGGCGGGGUGUGAGAAUGUCAUGAGCGGGGAGUAUGCGGUGUUUUAG